UUUGUUUUUUAAUAAUAAUAAUAAAAGAAAAAGGUGAGGGUGUGAAUUGUUUUUGGUUUGGGGUUAAUUAAUUGGUCUAAGAGGGAAACGCGAAAAGCGCGCGCACAAUUGAUUGGUGUUAGAAAGAAGAAAAAGAAGAAGAAGAAGAAAAUGGUAUUAUCUCUCUCCUGAUCGAAAAUGCGAAAGAAUGGAGGAGGUUGAGAAGAAAUCAUCACUAUGCAAUUGCGUUGUUAACUUUCUAUUAGAAGAAAAUUACAUUCUAACUGCAUUUGAACUUCUUCACGAACUUCUCGACGAUGGACGAAUCGAUCAAUCUAUUCGUCUCCAACAAUUCUUCUCCGAUCCUUCUCGUUUCUCUCCCAAUCAAAUCUCUCGCUUCAAUUCCCUCUCACUGGCAGAUCCUCAAACACUACUACAAAACAAAGAAGAAGCUGAAGAAAAGUUAGCGAUAACAGAUUACGAACUUCGUUUGGCACAAGAAGACAUCACAAAACUGAAAGACGAAUUGCAAACCAAAACAGAAUAUGAUGAUGUUGAUGAUGAUGCAAUUAUCAAGUCAAGUACAGAUGUUUCACUGAACCGUGAUGGCGAUGAGUUACAAACUGAACAACAACAAAAAAAAGGGAAUAAUCAAAGUUCAUUCACUGAUUUAGGUCCAGUGAAGGAUACUGAGCGUCGAGAUCUCAAUUGUGCUGUCAAGGAAUAUUUGCUUAUUGCCGGUUAUCGACUCACCGCAAUGACAUUUUAUGAAGAGGUUACGGACCAGAACUUGGAUAUUUGGCAAAAUACAAAUGCAUCAAUAUCAGAUGCCUUGCGUCAUUAUUAUUAUCAGUAUCUUUCAUCAAACUCAGAGGCUGCAGAGGAAAAAAUUGCCCAAGUUAGAGAAAAUGAAGCAUUGUUUAAGGAAAAUCAGAGCCUGAAUGAAGAAAAGGAGAGCUUGUUGAAGGGCAAAGAUUUGGCAGAUGCUCAAAUAAGGGCAUUAACUAAAUCCUUGGGUGCACUUCAGGAAGAUCUUAAGCAGAAAGAGAAAAUGGUUCAAGUUUUAAAGAAGUCCUUGGAGAAUCAAAGAAAGGAGCUCCAUGACAGUAGAGUUCAGAUCAGUAAUCUUAAAAUACAUACUGAAAGGUUCAAUUCCGGAAAUAAUCUGGUUAUUAAUGAUGCUAAUAAUGUUCUGCCCGAGUCUUUAGAUAAGUACAAGGAAGAAAUUAAGAAAUUACAGAUGGAAAUUGGAUGGUUGAAGGAAAAGAGUAGAGGAGCUUCAGAACAUGGAAAUUUUGACAGUUCUGGAAAUGAACUUAUGCAGACUGAAGACAAAGUUAUUGAGAUGCUUGAGGACCAAGGCGCAAUUUCUCGUUCUGUUAAUGCGGCAUUGGAUGUUGUACGCAAUGAAGAUGUUCAAUCGCCGGCUCUUCAAACUCUUAAUGAGUUUGCUGAUAAACACACAGAUUCACAACUAGAUUUAUUUAAUCCUGCACAUACAAACACUGCUUUUGAAAUUGUUGAAAAUGUCUCUGAGAAAAAUGGUGGCAAGCAAGAAGGGGAUAGCAGUUUACAUGCUAAACCAGAAAGUGUAAAUGAUGAAGCAAUAUUUGAGAAGAUGGGAUUAAGAACCAUUCAGAUACUGGCAGAUGCUUUGCCUAAAAUUGUUCCUUAUGUUCUCAUCAACCACCGUGAGGAGCUCCUUCCUCUAAUGAUGUGUGCAAUUGAGUACCACCCAGAUGGAAGGACUCGAGAUUCUUUGACCCACACAUUAUUUAACUUAAUAAAGCGUCCUGAUGAACAACAGAGACGAAUAAUAAUGGAUGCAUGUGUCAGCCUUGCAAAGAAUGUUGGAGAGAUGAGAACAGAAACAGAAUUGCUUCCUCAGUGCUGGGAACAAAUAAAUCACAUGUAUGAGGAACGUAGACUGCUCGUUGCUCAAUCAUGUGGAGAGCUUGCAGAAUUUGUACGCCCUGAGAUUCGCGAUUCUCUUAUUUUAUCAAUUGUGCAACAACUAAUAGAAGAUUCUGCCACUAUUGUUCGAGAGGCUGCUGCUCAUAAUUUGGCUAAGCUGCUUCCGCUUUUCCCAAACGUGGAUAAAUAUUUCAAGGUGGAGGAGCUGAUGUUCCAAUUGAUAUGUGAUCCCUCAGGAGUGGUGGUGGAAAGUACUCUCAAGAAAUUGGUUCCUGCAGUUAUAAAGUGGGGAAACAAAUUAGACCACGUUUUGGGGGUUUUACUCUCUCAUAUUUGCAGCUCUGCUCAGCACUGUCCACCUCUUUCUGCAGUUGAAGGGUGUAUAGAGUCACAUUUACAUAUGUUGGGGGAAAGAGAGCGCUGGAAUAUAGAUGUUCUAUUGAGAAUGCUGGUCGAGUUGCUUUCUUUGGUGCACCAAAAAGCCAUUGAAACAUGCCCCUUAUCAUCCACCUUAGAAACUACGCAACUUGUGUUUUCUAUCACAUCGCUUGAAUUAUAUGCAAGGGGAAAUGUUAAAUGGGAUUCAUUUGAAUGGAUGCAUGUUGAGUGCUUUCCUAAAUUGAUACAGUUGGCUUGCUUGUUACCAUGGAAAGAAGAUAAUUUGCGAAGCCGAAUUUCAAAGUUUCUGUUAUCUGUUUCUGAAAGGUUUGGGGAUACCUAUGUGACAUGCAUAAUGCUACCUGUAUUUUUAACAGCAAUUGGGGAUGAUGCCGAUUUGACAUUUUUUCCUAGUUCCAUUCAUUCAAGAAUUAAAGGUUUGAGGCCAAGAUCUGCUGUUUCCGAGAGACUCGCUACAUCUUGUGUCUUACCACUUCUGUUAGCUGGUGUUUUGGGUGCACCUGGAAAGCGCAAAGAAUUAGCUGAUUACUCGAGAAAGUUGCUACUUGAAGACAAUUCCAAGGAAAAUCGACCAGCCAAGCACACCCUUGAAAUUAUUAAUGCUAUCCGAUUCAUUUGCAUAUAUGAAGAAAACCAUGGUAUGAUAUUUGAGAUACUGUGGGAAAUGGUUGUUAGCUCUAACAUGAACAUGAAAAUAACUGCUGCCAAACUUCUCAAAGUUCUUGUGCCAUAUAUUGAUGCAAAGGUUGCUUCAACUCAUGCUUUGCCUGCCUUAGUCACUCUUGGAUCUGAACAAGACCUUGAUGUGAAAUGCGCCAGCAUUGAUGCAUUUGGUGCUGUUGCUCAACACUUCAAAAAUGAGACGAUAGUUGACAAGAUACGCGUUCAAAUGGGUGCUUUUAUUGAAGAUGGAUCCCAUGAAGCUACUAUUGCUGUAAUUCAUGCGUUGGUGGUUGCAGUACCUCAUACAACAGAACAACUUAGAGAUUAUCUUUUGUCCAAGAUUGCUCAACUUACAGCUGUGCCAGUUACUACUUCAACUGAUUUGAAGCUUCGGCAAGAAAGAGCGAAUGCAUUUUGCGAGGCAAUCCGUGCUCUGGAUGCUACAGAUCUUUCUGCAAAUAGUAUUAGAGACUACCUCGUGCCUGCUAUACAAAAUCUUUUGAAAGACUUGGAUGCACUGGAUCCAGCGCACAAAGAAGCCCUUGAGAUUAUUAUGAAGGAAAGAUCAGGGACAAGUUAUAAGGGGAUGGGAUCCCAUGUUGGGAUUGCAUCAUCAAUGAGCAACUUCUUUGGUGGUGGUGAGGGUGGCUUGCGUGGUAAGAAAGACGGCACAGAACUGAUGUCAGAAAGAGCUGUGUCUGCCAAGGAUAUUGUGCCACAACAACCAGUAGAGGACACUAGAUUCAGACGCAUCAUGCUGGGACAUUUUGGUGACAUACUUCGUGGCAAGGAAAAAACACCAGAUAAAACUCAGAACUAAUACGAAGCAUUUUCGCCUUUGUAAUUAAGCUCAAUUUUAGUUUUUUUUUUUUUGUAAAAAGAAUUCAAUCAUUUCACAGGGACUUUUUUCUUUGGCGAUAAAAGUUGAAAAAUGUUAAUUAAAAGAAUGUCAUAUUGCA